UUUCUCGCGUCACAUUAGGUCUAUAUUUGUACGGUGCCGUCAUUAUUGUCAGAACUACCUCUCUCAUCAUUAAUGUCACGGCUGAAAAUUUUCAGUUCAUUGUUGUUGUGUGUGUGUGGGUUCUCUCCAUUUAUAUGUUUUGAUGCGUAGGUUUUGUCAAAAUUUCCUCUGUUUUAACAAAACUUUAAUAAUUCUUGAUUCUGUUGUGUGUUUUGGUACAUGGGUUUCAUCUGUUUUUACUUUCUUUCAACAACAAUCCCACAAUUUAUGACUCUUCUUUUUCGUGAUAAUCGAAUGAUCAUCUACAGAAAGCUGUUCACUAGAUGAGAUUUUAGCCCUGCCGAGUUUUUCAGUAUCUGUGGAUUAAUUACACCGGAAAUCCUAACGGGUUUUCUUCGAGAUAGGGCUAAUUUCAUGGAUUGUAGUCAAAAGGAAGAGUCUUCAUCAUCUGACGGUUUGAUCGAGGUGGAAAUCAAGAAGUUUUGUGCUGAUUGUAAGACCACUAAAACCCCUUUGUGGAGGAGUGGUCCGUCUGGCCCCAAGUCACUGUGUAAUGCUUGUGGCAUUAGAUACAGAAAGAAAAGGAGUCCCUUUGUGGGAUUGGACAGGCCAAAAGGCCGAGAGAGGAAAAAGGACAAUCCCACCACCACCUCCGCGGCAGCGGCCACCACUUCCACCACCAAGAAUUGUGGAAAAAAGGGUAAAAUUAGAAAAUCAAAAGAUGUCUUGAAAGUAAAUUUAAUGCCGCUGGGGAGGGAAGUGUUAUAUUUGCAGAGGCAGAGGCAGAGGACAGCAAUGAAGAGGCAGAGAAGUCCAAGGGAGUGGGGUGAGGUAGAAAGAGCUGCUCUGCUUUUAAUGGCUCUGUCUUGUGGUGCUGUUUUUGCUUGAAAAAAUGUAUAAACACAAUCAGAUUGUAUGUAUAUGGGGUUGGGUGGGGUGCUCUUGCACAAGUAAAUUUGAUGAUCCCUCAAAUUUUCUUGUUAACUAAGAAGCCCAUGCUAAUGUUAGGAGUAUUUAGUUAGAACCACAGUUAUUGAGAAUGAAUGUUUGCCCAAUGAUAGUGCCCUUUUUUUUGAGUAGGUAGGAAAAUGGAAGUGUAAUUACUCAAGUUUGAUAUCAUAAUGGAAUCAAAAUUUACAUCUCAA